AACAAAAAAGGCGUGUCCCUGAGUCAUGCAUAUAAUAGCCAGGCGAGCUGCGAUAGGCUUCGGCUCCCCAGUCCUCAGCUCACUGUACACUAGCAGACUCCCCGGCAGGCUCUCAACGAUGGCCGAUCACUCCUCUGAACAAGUGGUAUUCAACAAGCCAAAGGUUGAGCUACAUGUGCACCUCGAUGGAGCCAUCAGGGUGCAGACUAUCCUUGAUGUGGCCCGGAAACGUGGCAUGAAUCUGCCAGCAAAUUCCGUGGACAAGAUGACACAGAAGAUUAUUCUUGAACAGCCGUCCACGCUCACCGGGUUCUUGCAGAAGUUCCAUGAGUAUAUGCACGUGGUUGCUGGAGACAGAGAGGCCAUAAAGAGGAUAGCCUAUGAGUUUGUUGAAGACAAGGCCAAGGAGGGCGUGAUUUAUGUCGAAGUCAGAUACAGCCCGCAUUUUCUAGCAAACUGUAAAGUGGAGCCCAUUCCAUGGAACCAGACAGAAGGCGACUUGAGCCCCGACGACGUGGUGCACCUGGUUAACGAAGGCCUCCGUGAGGGGGAGAGGGCCUUCAAUAUCAAAGCCAGGUCCAUUCUAUGCUGCAUGCGCCACAUGCCAAGCUGGUCCAUGGAUGUCGUGAGGCUGUGUAAGAAAUAUCAGAAAGACGGAGUGGUCGCCAUUGAUCUGGCAGGUGAUGAGUUACUCAACUGUGAAGCUAAUCCAGAACACAGGAACGCCUACGAGGAAGCGGAGCGCUGCGGGAUCCACAGGACGGUCCAUGCAGGAGAGGUGGGCCCGGCGUCCGUGGUGAAGGAGGCCGUAGAGUUGCUCAAAGCUGAACGAAUCGGACACGGAUACAGAACCCUGGAGGACCAAGCCCUGUACAGAAAGCUGCUGGCCCAAAACAUGCACUUUGAGAUGUGUCCUAUUUCUAGCAAGCUAACAGGUGCCUGCGACCCGGACUUCACCAAACACCCUCUCAUCACUUUCAUGAAAGACAAGGCCAACUACUCCAUAAACACGGAUGACCCUCUGAUCCUCAACUCAACCCUGCACCACGAUUACCACACUGUGCACAGAUACAUGGGAUUCACUGAGGAGGAAUUCAAACGAGUGAACAUCGUCUCUGCAGAGUCGAGCUUCCUGCCUAAGGAUGAGAAGAGGGAGCUCCUCGAGAAACUAUACGAGGCCUACGGGAUGACUCAGAGCACCGCCUUAUAAACACAGCCAGGAAAUCUGAGGAUGAAACUUAACCCAGGAACAUAUCGCUCUGAACCCUUUAACUCCCCCCCUCAACCCCACCAGACACAGUGAAAUGUGUUUAUACUUAUCUGUAAUCCACCAUAAAGCAUGUACACCUAUGGCUGCUGCCUUCACCUCAUGUAUCUGCGCAUCAUGUCACUUGCAUCCCUUUAAUGUGUUGGUGUCAGAGGCAGUCAUUGUCCUCUGCAUGGUGCAAAAUUAAGGGAAUGUUGUCUUUGUGUUUUUUUUUAAGCGGAUUUUGUUAUAUCAAACCUCUGGAUACAUUCUUUGUCUUGUGUUUACAUCCUUUUCGUUUUGAAGACAACCAGGGAAGCUUUAGAUGCACAACUACUCAAUACUUGUGAAGUUUAACAGUCGUUAACACUUUGUUUAGUCUGAAAAGGAAGAAUGGGGGAGGUCAUUUACUUUGCGUUUUUAGCUGAAAUAUUAGCAUCCUCACAUACAGGAUGAAGGCUACCUGAAAAAGAAUUUACUACCUGUGUUUUAAAUUCUAGUUUACUGUAACUAUCCAUUUUUCGGUCCAAACCAGGUGAAGUAAAGGAAAUCCGCCGUCAGAAACAAAUGUGCUUAUUACCCUCUUACAUGCAAAAACUGCAGGAGUCAUCAGGUGAAAACAGCUCAAUACCAAAUAUGUAGUCUUACAUUUGAACACUGGGUGGCACUAAUGUUCAAACCACAGCUGGCCGAAUGUGGUUUUAGCUUGAUAAUUACCCUCUCAGUUCUUUGGAUGUACAUAUUUAUUUAAAAUAUUUUUUCAUUUCAUUAAAAUAAAAACAAGCACUUCCAUUUAUAACCAGCACAUUUAUGAGACGUAUGGAGAAAAAAAAACAUCUCUGAACAUAAUAAAAGCUGUGAUGAAA